AUGAAUAGCAAACAAUAUUUAACGGUAUCCAUCGCAUUGUGCACUGUGAUUUUGGCCAUCACUGAGUUUACACAAGCAAAACCUCUUGAUCUUUAUGAUGAAAUGAGUGACCUGUUUGAGGAAAUGGAUUUGGAUGAUAUUGCACCUAGGACAUCAGCUCGUCAUCAGCCGGAGAAUUUUUGUAAGAUGCCAGCUCGGAAAGGUGUUUGCAGAGCUUUAAUUCCAAGGUGGAGUUAUGACCCAGUUGCAAAGGAAUGUCGUGAAUUCAAGUUUGGCGGUUGUGAUGGCAAUGAUAACAACUUUUCUAGUUACAAAUUGUGCAUGCAAACUUGUGGUGGUUACUAG